UGCGGAUACAGCAGCUGGUAUCGGGAUUUCUCGAUACCAACACUCCAUACACAGUUGACAUUAUUGCUUGGCCACUCAAACUCACUGGGGAUUUUCCGGGAUCCUGAUAGUUAUCCAUUGGAUGAAUCAAAGGCCUUGUGGUCAGCUGCUUGUGCGAGUCCUCUUAAACCCGGAGAUGCUAAGAUGUUGACUUACAUGGAUACAUCGUGGUCUAGUCCCAGCGAUGCAGGUAUUCUCGACAAAUUCUCUCUUGGUAAGAACGAUGAAGCUUGACAUACCAUAUGAAGUGUACGACACCUGAUAUGUCUCAUAUCAAACUCGUGUAUUGACUCAUCUGUGAUGAGCACAUUUCAUCUGUGAGGUAGAUUACUAUAAAAAGUACUAUAAAGGAUGGUGUUAUUGGUACCGGGUAUGUCAUGAUAAAAAUCUAGUACACUAUAACACGGAGACCUUGUCACCUCCGCGAAGGCAUACAACAUCAGAUGUCAGGGUAGUAACUCAUCCAGUCUCCAGGGGUUCGAAUAAUAGUAGGCAAAAACGGCAUUAGAGUGCUGUAGAAGAAACAACGUAGCUUCAGAGCUGGGACUUAGCCCUUCUCACCACCUUCACAGAAAUGGGUGAAGUAAGUGCAAGUGUAAUCCCAGGGUUUACAGCAUUGAAAGUACUAACUAGAAAGAAUAAAACAGGGAAACAUAGUUAGCGAGUAUGCCAUCACAUAAAAGUCUUACUUAUUCCAUGUUGAAAUAAAAUUGGCCGCGGGUGUAUCAUGAUUGACGGAGAGUUUUGGAGUGUAGAAAACUGCGCCAAUUCUUCUUCUUUUUUUUAAUCGGGCAAAACUUUCACACUAAAAAAUCCCCCCACUUCAGAUCGACAACCCCUCCAUCCGACUUUCAAUAUGCUGGUUGGGAGUAAAGGCUUUCUGCCUGAAAGGCAAAUGCCAAAUAUAUAGUUUUUAUAGAUACAUGAAUAGUAUGUGCUAGACAGAAACGUUUCUCGUGUACAUAUAUAAGUACCAGACGGUGAUAUUGGAUUAAAUCCGGUCCCUUUAGUGUUUGCCUUUUACGUUCCCUUCCUUUGUUCCUUGUUUUCAAGAUCCGUCUUCGACCCGUUUUGUACCGCAGCAUCAAACACCCACCCACACUCACACAACUCACACAAAACUUACCCUUCACACAUCCUCGCACCCCAGAAAUCCCACCCUACUUCAACUCCCUUAACCACCAAACGCGAUACUGUACCAUACUACCAGGAACAGACAUCAUGCCUCCUAAGAAGUGGGACGACGAAGAGAGCGACGACAGCAGUUCCUCCGGCUCCCCGGUUGUUGGUACUGGUGCCGCUUCUCGACGCAAGUUUGACGACGAAGAGGACGAUGGUGAUGUUCUAGAUUCAUGGGACGCCGAUGACGACUCCGAGGCCGAGCGUGAGAAGGAGCGCAAGGCUGCCGAGGCCAAGCAGAAGGCUGCUGCCGCCGCUGCCGCCGCAAAGAAACCUAAAGGUCAGCGAAUUGCUGAACACCAGGCCGAGCGUGCACAACAGAGAGCCGGUGCCGCCAAUGUUGAGGAAUAUGAAGAGACAGAGGCCGAGAAGCGCGAGCGACUCCGACGCACCGAACAGGAAGCCGAUCUCGCACACGCCGCCGAUAUGUUUGGAGAUAUUGGUAUCAGCGCCGGUCGUGCCAAGUCCCGUCCUGCUACUGUCGUCGUCGAUUCCAACGACCCAACCAAGACCAUCGACAUUUCCAAACUGCCCCUCUUCCAGCCCAAGACUAAGGCUCAGUUCGAGACUCUCCGCACCACUCUUACUCCUAUCAUCUCAGCCAACUCGAAGAAUGCCCACUACAGCCUGUUUCUUCAGGAUUUCACAAAGGCUCUUGCUAAGGAUAUGCCUAGCGAACAGAUCAAGAAGCUGGCCAGUACGAUGACUGCCCUGGGCAACGAGAAGAUGCGAGAGGAGAAGGCUGCUGAUAAAGGAGGCAAGAAGACAAAGGCUGCCAAAACAAAGACGUCCCUGGUUACCGGUCGCGCUAACACCGCCGACACAACGACUUACGACGAUGCUGAUGAUUUUGGAGAUGAUGAUUUUAUGUGAAGUGUUAAACAAUACAGCAAGGGUAGCUUCCGUCCAGAUGCUAAACCACAGCUUCCCAUUUCAACUCAUACCUAUCUGCCCCCUAAUCCAUCGAGUCGACUGCUCGCCGAGCUGGGCAACUCGAGACAUGCCGUUGACGCAAAAAACGCUUGGUGGUUUCAAGAUACAGCCAUGAAGGCUUCUUGGGGUGCUCGGACAUAAGAAGGGCAGCAGAGAGAGAGGGUGGUGGAUCGGAGAGGGGUGUGCCUUAGACUCAAAAGAUGGUGAAUACGUGGAAGAGUGGAGGGCAUCAAGAGUAUAGAUGAGAACGAUGCAGAACCAGCUUCACAGAACAGCUUUCGUGCUCUUAACAUACUCUUCAUACGGGCUUAGUAUAUGGAAUUGCUUUUGACGAUCAGACGCCAUGGGCAUCUGAGGCAUAUGUUGAUUAUUGUCUCAUUUCAGAACUCGUUAGAUAAAAACUAGAGGGCGCUUUGCAAGACACUGGAAGAAAUGGAACACUGUUGAACCUGGACUGCAUAGCUCAUAGAUCAUGUUCAUUCGUAUACCGGAGGCAACUUAUGCUAUUUCAUGUGAUGAAGGCUGCCACUACGGCAAGGGCAUCUCAUCAGUUGCCG